CGCAGGGCAGACAGACAGACACAAACAGUCACUCACACCUAGGGGCAAUUUAGCACGUCCAAUUGGCCUGACUGCAUGUCUUUAGACCUUGGUUCAGGAAAUUCCAGUUCCAGAAAAGCAAGCCAAACAGAAGAUGUGACAGAAAUGUGAUAGAAAUGUGAUAAAUAUUUCUACAGAGGUGAAACCAGUGAACCAGCAGGGGGCACGUGCGCGCACUUCCCGCUCCCGGAGAAGAAGAAGUCGUCCAUGGUCUAACUUCCUUGUGGGAAGAGCUCGAGCGGCUACUACCUAACAAGUUUUCCCAAAUCGGAGGAGAGUUUAAUUCCCGAUUGUCCCAAAGAGUUGCAGUAUGUCGGGCAGUCCAGGAUUGCCUCCAGGUGAAGAUCAGAAUUUAGAGAUUCAGGGCUCUGUGACGGUCUGCAGUGUAGAGGUAGAGACUGAGAUCCAUGAGGAAAAUGCUUUUAAUGAUGGACACUUCUACUGCGAGAACUGCUGUAAACUGUAUGUUGAUGAGUGUGACGUUCAUGGUCCUCCGUUGUUUACGCAUGAUUCCCCCACACCCGUGGGAGUUCCUCAGAGGGCUCUCCUCACUCUUCCUCAAGGCCUGGUCAUUGGUAGAUCAACUUCUCCUGGAGUGGGACUCGGGGUUUUUAACCAGGGCCAAGUUAUUCCUCUUGGAAUGCAUUUUGGACCCUUUGAUGGAGAGGUGACCAGCCAGGAGAAGGCGCUGGAGAGUGCGUAUUCAUGGGUGAUAUGCAGAGGAGGCAACCAGUACGAUUACAUUGAUGCAGAGAGUGACACUCACUCAAACUGGAUGAGGUAUGUCGUGUGCUCUCAGAAUGAGAGUGAGCAAAACCUGGUGGCAUUUCAGCAGAGCGGGCGCAUUCUGUUCCGCUGCUGCCGCCCUAUCCACCCUGGACAGGAACUGAGAGUGUGGUACGUCGAAGAUUAUGCCCAAAACCUAAGCACCACCUGGGAUAAGAUCUGGGACAGGAAGUGCAGUCCUAUAGGAAGACGUGAUGAAGAGGUGCAGGUUUUAAGCUGUCCUUACUGCCAGUACUCUUUCCCAGCUGCUGUUUAUCUGCAUAGGCAUGUCAGACGCUCGCACCCAGAUGUAUAUUCACACCUCUCAGAAGCCCAGGCUUUCGAGCCUGUUGAACAGACACCAGUUACAAACUUGGAUCAGUGUCUGCUCGCCUCUGAUGCACCAUCUUCAUCUCAAGUGCAGCCAAUCACGGAAUCUUUCCAGAGCCACUUACCUUCUCUCAGUGGCCAAACAGAGAAAACAGGUACAGCUGAAACAUCACAUGCACAUAUUGACAGUUUAAACGAUGUGACAGACCAGACUGACAGCAGUGCAACAGACAACAAAUGUGGUGAUUGCCGGAGAACAUUUUUGAGGUCAUGCCACUUAAAAAGACACCAGCGCACGAUCCACUCGAAGGAGAAGCCAUAUUGCUGCAGCCACUGCAGGAGGUGCUUCAGUCAGGCGACAGGAUUGAAAAGACACCAGCAAACUCACCAGAAUGAAACCGAGCAAAGACCGGAGGAGACAGAGGGUGCACCUACGGAAAUCUAUCCUUGUACUGAGUGCUCAUUCUCUUUUGUGGCUAAACUCAAUCUAUACAAACAUCUCAAACGACACCACCAUGGAGAGUACCUCAAACUGGUGGAGAACCAGUCUUUUAGCAAACUGCAAACCGAGGAAAUCUUAGACAAACAUGAUCCUCCAUAUGAACCACCAGCCAGACUCAAGAGAUCUACUAGGAGCCCUAAUGGGAGCAGGGGUCACCCUAAAAAAGGACCUAUCGGCCGGCCUCGAGGCAGACCACCUAAAAACAAGAGCCCCCAGCAGCCAAUCAAGAACAAAGUUCACGAGCAGACUGCUGAGUCUGAACAGACCACCACUGACCUUGAUGGUUCAGCAGUGCCACAGAGAGCUAAUACAGAUGGCAUGACCCCUCAGGAACUGCCCUCGUCUUCGCACAUCUGCGGUGAGUGUCUGAGAACCUUCAGCCACUUGCAUCUUCUGAAAAGCCACGAUUGCAUCCAACAGGGUGAUGGCCCCCAUGGGUGCUCCCGCUGCGGCCUCUAUUUCAACCGCCUGUGCAACCUUCGGCGACAUGAGCGCACCAUUCACGGAAAGGAGCGGCCGUACUGCUGCACGCUGUGUCUCAGGUCCUUCACGCAGUCGUCUGGUCUGAAGCGGCACCAGGAGAGCCACUCGCGCCGCAGCACCCACCGCCAGAGUGCCGCACUGGCUGACGCCACCAUCUACCCCUGCAACCACUGCCCCUUCUCCUUUACCGGCGAGCGCUACCUGCACAAACAUGUCCGCCGUCACCAUCCGGAGAUGACCACCAAGUACCUCUGCUUCAAUGAAGGCGAUGUGACGUCCAAGGACCACAGCUGCACGCAGUGCUCCAAGAUCUUCCGCACAAUCAGGGGUUUCAAGAAUCACGCCUGCUUCAGGCAGGGUGACCAGCUGUACCUGUGUCCUGACUGCGGUAAAGCCUUCAGCUGGUUCAACAGCCUGAAGCAGCACCAGCGCAUUCAUACGGGCGUGAAACCGUAUGCCUGCUCGCAGUGUGAGAAGAGUUUCGUGCACUCAGGCCAGCUUAACGUCCACAUGCGCACCCACACGGGUGAAAAGCCAUUCCUCUGUGCAGAGUGCGGCGAGAGCUUCAGGCAGUCAGGUGACCUGAGGCGGCAUGAGCAGAAGCACUCAGGCGUGCGGCCGUGUCAGUGCCCCGACUGCGGGAAGAGCUUCAGCCGGCCACAGAGCCUCAGGGCCCACCAGCAGCUUCACAGGGGAACCAAAAUGUUCCCCUGUACACAGUGCGGGAAAAGCUUUGCCCGCCGGUACCACCUCACCCGCCACCACCAGAAAAUGCACUCCUGACCAGCGACUCGGUGAACGCACUUAAUGCCUAUAAUGAUAAUGAUCUGAUAGACUGAAGGUUUCUAUUAGAUUAUUUUAAUCUGUGUGGAGCCACGCAGACACUCUGAUGCAAAGCCUCUGAAGUGCUGCAGUCGUGUUAAUGCACAGUCCAACGUAUAAGGAUACAUAUUUAAAACUGAAACAGCUGUUUCAGACUGUGAAGCACCUGUUCCAGUUGUUCUGUAUGCAUUAUUAGUAUAAGUAAAUUAGCAGUUCAUCACAAGCAGAUAAAUGGUACAUACUGUACAGAAGUGUACAAUAACUGAGGGCAGACUUAAAUGAGCAAAAGGAAUAUACAAAUCUUAAAGGCUGGUAUCUGUGAUAUGGAUUUGGAAUCAAAUGAAAUGUUUAUCUGAUCAUACAAUAAACAAUUUGGAAAUGCUUUAAACUCUGUAUCUGAGAAAUCAGAGCUCGGUGUAAUGAGUGCAUUCAAAAUAUGUUGAUCUGCUGUGGUGGCGCUUGCCCUGAAGGUUUCCCUGCUUGCAUUCCAACCCUGACCUACCACACCUGGCUAAUGAACUUCUGAAGAAGUUCUUCUUUGCCUGGAUCAGAUGCUUUAGUAUUGGGUAAAGUGGGUGCAGCUUGUUAGAUGCAGGUUAGGGGGCUGAUAAGAACUGACCUACUGCAUUGUUUCUAAACCCAGUCCAUGAGACAUAUCUAACAGUUCCAUGUUUGCUUUGUUCCAAAACUCCACCCAAAAGGGUUAGAGCAAAAAUGUGGGACUGUCUGGUGACCCCCAGGGGCUGGGUUGUACAGCCCAGAGAGUGUCAGCCCCAUGUUCAGUUACCCAUAUUCAAGAAUUCGCUACACUUUCUUUCAUGAGUGUAUUUCUCUUUAGAAAAAGGAAAAAUACAGCAGGAAGGCUGGAAGCAGCAUAAAGUUAUUGGUUUAAGUCUCGCUCAAUAUCUGAGCAGAGCGAGAUAUUAAUACACAUUAAAAAAUACACAUUAAUGUAGCCUUGCAUAAAUGAGGGUAGUGUAUAAUUUUUAUGUCCAUCCAGGUCAAACAUGCUGUCUUCACUGCUGUCCGACAGCCUCUACGUCAUCAAAUGAACAGCAAAAGCAGAACAAAAUAAAAUGCAACCUCUAAAUGUGUACAAAACACUGAUAAAUCAUCCAAAAAACCCAGAAAGUUCGAUUAUUUAAGAAGAAUAUAUGUAUACAAGUUUAUGUUAAGUCUGCAUUGAUGCCUUUUUUUUGCAAAGCCUUUUUUGUUGCUGCAUAUUUUUUCAUCAUCGUACACGCACUGGACUUGCUGCUCUUUUACUCUUUUACAGUUUAAAGGUCAGCUCAGUUCGGAAUCACCUUUAAAAUGCUAAAAUAUCCUGUCUAAUCCGCUUUGCAAGGAGUUCUGACGCCGACCGGUAAGCUCUUCUAGAUUUACCAUGGUAAGUUUGUUUGCAGCGCAGAUAUUUUUUGUGUGUUGGAAAUGUUUUUAGAGCUGGUUUAUGAGGAGCCUGGCCUCUUCCUGUUUCCCCCUUAUCUCAAAACACCAGAGGGCGCCAACAAUGAGUUUAUGCCAUUCUGUGUUCAGAGAAUCAGUGUAUUUAAAAAAAAAAAAAAAAAAAAAAAAAACUUUUAAGCAUUUAU